AUGGACAGUUCUGCCGCACAUGAGACUACCGUGGAGUCCAUGAAUGACGACGACACCGACUACGGGUCCGAUUUCUCACCAGAAGAAGAGCGAAUACUGGCGCAAUUGCUAUCCGGGCAACAGCAGGCGGAUAUUGAAGACAAUCCUAUUGCUACCGAAGCUGUGAACGGUGAUGGACAGGCUCUUCGUCUUCCCCGUGUCUUGGGGAGGGAGUCGAGGUCUCCGUUGCUCCAAGCAGUUGUGGCUGCCGAAGAGCUUGCUGAGCAGAUCAGCAACUCAGUUAAGAAUGGCUACUACCCGGACUUGAGCAAUGAAAUAAACAGGGACACACAUAUUUCUCUAGAGCCUCCUCCCGCAAACCCUUCGGCGCCUGAUACUCGGUCUCCGCUCGAACGAUUUCGUACACCGCCAAAGAAGGCCCUCUCUGUCACAGACCUGGUAUCACCGGCAUGGUGCGAACUACAAUAUUGGUACACUUUAACUCGUCAUGGAAGAAAGAGGCGGACGCCUGCAAUGAAACAGGGCAGCGUCGUACACAAGGAACUCGAGGAACAAGUCCACAGAACUGUGAGAGUCGAUAUCGAGACGAAGGAGGAUGCCUGGGGCCUUCGAAUAUGGAACGUGAUCCAAGGGCUACGCACUUUACGGGAAACCGGUCAAACGCGAGAGCUCGAGAUAUGGGGCGUUAUCGACGGCCUAGUGGUGAACGGAAUCAUUGACGAGCUAUCCUACGUUUGCCCGGACGAAGAACUGGAGAAUUCGUUGCAGAAACCUCCUCAGGUUUCACCGCCCCUUAAUCAACCAACCAUCUCCGAAUUCUUCAAUGUCGCUGGAGGGGGCUCCUUGGCCAAGGCGAUCAAGAGCAAACAUCAGGAUCAGAGUUACAAGGUCUAUAUUUGUGACGUGAAAACUCGAUCAGCUCGUUCAUUACCUACCAAGGCAGCAUUCCGACCUACUGAAAUGCAGCUCAUGCUAUAUCACAGCCUUCUCUCAUCGCUAGCUAUAAACAGCGUAGAUUUCUCCGUCCUCGCAGCUCGUUACGAUCUUGAUCCCUCUAGAAAUUUCUCUGAUUCGUUCAUUGCUCAAGUUGGCAGCCUUGACGAUGAGUUGUUCUACGAUGGUAAAUCGACCUCCGAUGAAAGUCGAGAACACAUGGCUACUAUUCUAGCACACAAUUGUCUAUCAGCUCUUUGGUCUCUUAUGAUAUCCGAGUUCCAGAUCACUCUUCCUGAUGGUACCGCAUCUCUUGGUAAUAUUCUGAAGGCAGAGUAUAGAUCUAGUAGUUCUGGUGAAAUUAUUGGCAGCAGGACAUUUGCAAUGGACGAGGCGGCGUUGAAGUCUUACGUGGAUCGUGAGAUGCAGUGGUGGAGAGGGGAGCGGGAAGCACAAGGUGUAGUAGUUGAGGAAGCGUUUAAGUGCAGGAGUUGUGAAUUUGCUGAGGACUGCGUAUGGAGGUUAAGUAAGGUAGAGGAGGCGAGGGAGAAAGCCAGGUUGGCACGGAAGAGAACGAGCACCGUAUAA